AUGGCAAAUCCACAGAAUCCACCGUUUGCCAUCCCACCUUUUCCCUAUCAACAACUUCAAUACCAGGCACAUCCAAAUCCGCAAGCUGCGCCGGCUCACACCCAGCAUGCCUCCAUAGCCGAGAAUUAUCAAAAUAACGGAGGCCUCCCGGGCUUGAACAUGACUUCAUAUGCGCCGACUCCACAAACCAGCCAGCCCAACUAUGGAUACUGGCCUCCUCCUCCACCUCCACCGCCGCAUGUCGCUCCUUCCCCAUCCUCAUACGGCAAUCUACCUUUUCCCAUCCCUCCCUUCUUCACUCAGAACGGCGUACCAAUACCUCCUCCUCCCCCACCGCCUCUGCCUCCUUCUGUCGGCUCGAACCUAUUCCCACCCGUGUCACAAUCACCUGCUCAGAUUCACCCCGCGCAUCCGCCAGCUGGAGCACAACAUCCUCGUGUAUCAGAGAAUAGUAAGGAAGACAAGGAAGACGGCGAAGUGAGUGAGCCAGACGCCAUCGUUCGAUCAUCGGCGAGUAAACAUAAACAUAUUGCCGAGCCCCCGCGAUCAGUAUCGCACACUCUAGCAGAUUCUGCCAGGACUGAUCCUCGGAAGAAGCUGAACGGGCCAGCACAGCAGUCUGCAAUGGACAGCACGGUAGCCCAAGAUCAGAUGCAUCACCACAGCACACCACGGAACAAACAAAUACCCGGACUGAUGGCGGACGAUGCAAUCCAGAAGCGGGAGUCUUCAAAACAAUUCAUACAAGUUCUGUCCGAUAACGACAUUGGAUUCUCGGCGCUAGCCGCAGAAGGUCUCGAUCUAGAUCACCUCAGGAGAAUGUAUGAAGAAUUAAAGUUACCGUUGGAAAACAAACCCACUUCUCCACAAGUUUCAGUGGGAUCUAUAGCACCGACUCCUGCCCAGAGCACAGCUGCAAACGGUACGGCAAGAGUUACGCUGCAACCUACCCAAAAACCCUCGCCCGCUCCUGCCGUGGGUCAUAUUACUCACAAGCGCCCAGAGUCCGAGAAAAAGCCUGUCGCUUCAGUCGCCGCCGCUAAUGUUCCUGUCAAAGUCGCUCCACCUCCCGUCGACCGCAAGGACUAUGUCGCUAGGCUUCAGGCUGCGAAAGCUGCGAAGCAGGGAACCAAGCCUACGCCACCCCAACAAACGCGACCAUCACAGGAAACUCCCAAACCUUCGGUGUCCACUAUAGCCUCGCCCGCGCCAGGUACGCCGAAGAGCUCGUCUGAGGCGAGUGCUGCAAAGGCAGAGGAAGAACGCUUGCGGAAGAACGAGCUACUUAAGGAACGGCUCGCAAAGCUUACAGCUCAACAAAGGCAGGCUAAAACUGCCACAGCCCAGGCUGCAUCGGAAGCUGCGCCAUCACCUGUACAGCGGCCUCUCGGGCCAUCGCAAACGGCAGCUCCUUCACCUCCACAACCAUCUGAGCCGCCUCAGGCCCAGAGCGUUCCCCCGACUCCCUCCUUCACAGGUUUACCUGGCUUGUUCAUGAAUGCAUCACCAGCUACUGUGCCUCGCGCGCCGUCGUUGGAGAAACCAGCAGCUGCUGCUCCUGCUACGAAUGGAUUGUCGGGGCGUAAGCGACCUGCGGCAUCGGAUUUUGAGGACUCCUCAACCCCUCGCUCGGGACCUAUUUACACUCGACCUCUCGGGCAGUCACCGCUCGAACAUGACAGCGAAUCUAUGAUCAUCGAAGUCAGUGAUGACGAGGGUAGUGACAUGGAUAUCGAUGACGACCAGGCUGAAACGCAACCCAUAUCUACCUUCACUCCCCCGGUGCAAGGCAUUGUUGACCCGCAAACAGUACGAAGUCAUCUAAAUAUUCAGGACCUCCCUUCGAGGUCUGGUUCUGUUCGACCUGCCUCGACUGCUAUAAGUACACCUCCCGCGGUGCGGACACCAGGUGCCUCCUUCGCAUUGGAAGAGGAGGCUAAACGAAAGGAGCAAGAAAUCAUGAAUCUCAAGUUACGAAUUGCUGAAAUAAAACGAAAACGACAAGAAGAAAAGGCCAAGAAGGAAGCCAUGGGCUCUUCUCCAGCUCCUCAAAAGGUUGUCUCUCUUCCGGCAUCAGAGCCGGUCAGCGCGUUGCCAUCAUCCCCAGCGCCUCCACCUUCCGGCUCUCCGAGAAUUCAAACCGAAUCGAUUCGUGAGCCAACUGGACGUGUGGCCGCCCACACUACGACCUCUGUCCCCCCGAACGCGAAUGCCACAGCGGAAUGGAAGAGACAACGACGCGCAGAGAUAGAAUCGGGCCUGCUCUCACUCAACGCUGGACUUGAGAGUCGCCAGGCGCGGUUAGCGCAACUCGAAGCUGAGAUGGCCAAGAUUCGGGCUGAUGAGACCAAGUACCAGCAAGACAGGCAAAAGCUCGUAGAGGAACUCGAAAACCUUGGUGUGGAUACCGAGGGCAUACCCGAUGAGGAACUACAAGCCACAAAAGACGCAGUGAUCCAGGAGACUAUCAACGCGGCUAUUGCUGAAGCUUCACGCCCACUUCCUCAGUUGGAUGGCGCCUCAGGUCAUAUUUUUGAUACAGUUCCAGCAUAUAGAGAUGAUCUCCAGUCGAGGGAAGCUAAACCGCCCGGUCCACCAAUCGAGCAAGUAGCAGCUGCUCCUGUUGUACCACCCGUCAAGAGUGACUCGCCCAAAACGACGGCUGAGCCCGUCCCUCCCGUGAAUGCGACAGCCGAUCUUCCUCUCCCUCCAGUAGAUCAACUCAUGCCUACGACGGAGGUGGUGAAAACAGACACAGUGCAAGACACUGAUGGGAAUGCAUCCACACCACGAGAUGUCGAAGAGGACUUCUACUCGCCUGAGCCUGCAGUCUUACCCGAGACUAUCGCACAAUCAGAUGCAGACAGGCCAGAGGUCUCAAGAAUCCCUUCCCCUUCUGAAGAAGGAGAAGUGGAGAUGUCAGAAUCCUCAUCCGAUUCCUCAUCUGAGGAGGAUAGUGAUGAAGAAGACUAUGAGCCUGAGGAGCCAGCAGCAAUCCCAGCAAACGUGCUAGAUUCCUUACCCAAGUCCAACUCAUCAAUGCCUAGUUCGUCAGGCUCGUCACCUCUCACGUCUUCGAACUCGUCGUCAGACGAUGAAGGAGAUGUCUAUGAGCCUCCGGAUGUCAAUAAUGCCUCGGAGGAGGAUGGCGCUGUGGCACCAUUGCAGGUGACCGCAGGUUCUACCCCUGCUCAAUCAACAUCAUCUGGUGGCGCAGCAAGUCCUGCAAUUGCAAUCGCGGAUGACUUGGCGCCCGAACUGCAGUCCCAAGUUUCACCGGCUCAAGUGAUUUCAGCUGCUCAACCCCUGCAGGACCUCAAUGAUGAGACCGAACGGGGUCCCAAACCUUUUCUGCCCUAUGAUAGUCCCUUGAAAAAGUUCAAGUCCUAUCGUUACCACCCCCAAUUUGCCCAGAACGUUGAGGGCGGCUUUCUUUCAAUGACUUACAGCCACCAGAUUGACCCCGAAAAGCCUUUGUGUCGGUUUGAGUCUGUUGGUGGUGCUUGCAACGACCCAGACUGUCCUGAUCAGCAUUUCCGGGACAUGAACAUUACCGGUGAGAAACUUCUAGUUCAGCUAGGCACCGCAAAUCCAGGAACCACGCCUGAAGAGAAGCAACAGUGGAACGAUGGGUUGCGGCUUGUGUUGAAAGAACUCCGCCAGAAUAAUACCAAAGAUCCAAAUGGCAUCGCGAUGGAGAUUGCGAACUAUCGCCGGCGGUUCUUGAACGAUGACACACGCGUGGUCAAUCUCAAAUGA